GGUUGUUCCGGUGGAGCGCGAUGCGAGCGUGCGAUAUACAGAUAGAAACCUCCACGGGAUACCACGGAUACGGAAAAUCUUAAUCCCCUUUGGCCCUAGUGAAAUUUUUUGGAAAUGGAAAUGGCAUAUACAAGCUUUUCCUGGGUUCUGGCCGUAGCCGUUUGUGGCCUGCUCGCUGCAGUAGGCCAAGCUGCAAAAACGGGACAAGUGCAAGGCCACUCCGGCAGCUGUGCGUUUCACACGAUGGAUGGCGUCGCCGCGGAAAGCGAAGGUGUGCGCUUCAUCCGGCUGCGCGAAGACGCCCAGGUGGGCAAGGAGAUCCUCCGUCUGCAGGCCUUUCCACGCUCCACGGCCUCUCUGAAGGGGGCAGAUGCCAGUGGCGAUCACAAGUACUUUAACCUGACUGAGUACAACUCCACCAUGCUGGUGGUGACGCUGGCCAGGUCCCUGGAAAGGCUGGUUGAUAGGGAUGUGCCGAGGAACCUGCUUAAGUUUCGAAUCCUGUGCGCAGGCAAACAAGAGAAGAUCGAGGAGGGUAGCUACCUGUCCAUCACCGUGUACAUCGAGGACGUGAACGACAAUGCGCCCGAAUUUCUCAACGUGCCUUACGUGGUUGAUGUGGAUGAGAAUACCUCCAUUGAGAGCAUUGUCUUUGAGGGGGUGCAGGCCUUUGAUCGCGAUAAGCCAAAUACCCCCAACUCCGAGGUGCACUUUAGCAUGUCCACGGUGCCGGAGCAACUGUCGGCGGACGGCAGUCCCUACUUCGCCCUCAAGAGUCCCCAUCGACCGCUGCUGAUUCUGAAGCGAGAACUGGACUUUGAUAAUGGGAUCCGGCAGUUUAAACUGCCCAUCUUCGCCUGGGAUCGAGGCACUCCCGCCAACCAGGCCAAUACCACGAUCACCAUUAAUGUGCGGGAUGUGGACGAUCUGCCACCCAAGUUUACGGAGGGAGUGUAUCGCACUCGGCUCAAUGAGUUCUACCCAAUGACUGGAGUUCCCAUCAGGAUACCCCUGUACUUUGCCCCGCCCAUAAUGGCCUUCGAUCAGGACUCUCUAAAUGCCUCGCUCGUGUACGACAUUAUCUCGGGCAAUGAGCGGCAGCUGUUCCGGGUGAAUCCUCACAACGGCGUCAUGUACCUGCAGAAGGAAAUCGAUCUGGAGGAGGAGAGUCUUCCGGGCAACACAUUCGUCCUGCAGCUGGAGGCGCGCCAGAAGGACAAUCCUCUUAAGAAAGCCCUAGCGCGCAUCGAAGUGGAGGUCCUGGAUUUGAAUGACAAUGUUCCCGAGUUCGAGGCGGAUUUCUAUAAUAUCUCCAUUGUGGAGAACCUGCCCACAGGCUUCAGUGUGCUGCAGGUGAAUGCCGUGGAUCGAGAUCAGGGCGAGAACUCGGAGUUCCUGUACAAUUUGGUAGAGACCAAGGAUGCUGCUGGAGCCUUCCGCAUCGAUUCCCGUACGGGCUGGAUUACUGUGCGGGAUGAUCGAUUGCUGGAUCGCGAGCAGCGAAGGUCCAUCCAGUUGAACGUGGAGGCUCUGGAGAGGAAUCCCUCUUAUUUGGAUGACAAGCAUCUCAAAGUGCCGGGUCCCAGUAAGGUACAAGUGGAGAUCACUCUGCUGGACACCAACGAUAAUACACCAAAGUUCGAGCAUGGCAAUCUCUAUGAGUUCAAGGUGCCCAUUACCGCUCCCACGGGCUAUGUGAUUGGUCAGGUGGCGGCCAACGAUCCGGAUGAGGGUCCCAAUGGCAAACUGCUGUACGAGUUGCAGCGCCCCAAGGGCAGUGGUUAUAUUCCCUUCCGGCUGGACAACAAGAACGGAACCAUUUACGUGGGCGGACCUUUAAGGAGGGGACGCAUCGCUGUCUUUGUGGAGGCCAGUGACCAGCCCACCAAUCCCUCGGAGAGACGAUUCUCGCUGGCGGUGAUUACCAUUGAAGUGUAUGCCACUAUCGAUGACCAGGCCAUUGACUUUGUGGGAGCUCCCUACGAAUUUUGGGUGGGGGCCAAUACCCCGCUAGGCACUUCGGUGGGUCAGGUUCGAACCACUCUGAUCUACGAUGACGAGGACGAAAUCAUGUACGAUCUCCUGCACACAUACUCGGAAGGAGUGCCCUUCGCCAUCGAGGAGAGGUCGGGCAUUAUCACCGUGAUCCGCGAGCUGUCAGAAUUCAAGAGAAAGGUGUACCAUUUCGAGGCUGUCGCCAAUUACCUAUUCGCCAACUCCUCACAAUCACUGAUCAUGUCGCGGAGCUCUUCCCCCCUGACCACCAUUUCCGCCCCGGCUGAACUCAGCGACGAAGGUGUGCUCAUCACCAAUCUGACCAUUCGGAUUGUUAACAAACCGGAGCAGAAGGUGCCACUGAGACCUGUCAUAGAGGAGAUCAACAUGAACGUGAUCAAUUUCCAUGUGGAGGAAAACGUGGUCGGUGGAAUCAUUGGCCAAUUGCUGUACAAGAAUGGUCUUAAUCUGGUAAACAAUGAACUGGGCAGCUUCCGGGAAAUGCCUGCCUCCGAGGGAACAACCUCCAGAAAUCUCACCAUGGGCAGCAGAUUCCGCAGUCGGAACCGGAGUCGCAGCUCCAAGUCCAAGCGGCGGCUGCCCAGACGCCUGGCGGGGGACACAAACCUGAAGCUUCGCUACAUCAUUGCCAACCAGCAGGAGGUGGUGAACAAGAUCUCAAUCACUGAGGAUGGAACUCUGCUCACCCUUAUUGGUCUGGACAGGGAGCAGCAGGCCAGCUAUGAGCUGACAGUGAUUGUGGAAUACAGCACGGGUCUGGUGAGUGGCGCCGGCAUCUACCAGGUGAACAUCAAGGUGGACGACGUCAACGACAAUGCUCCCAAGUUCAAUGCUCUCACCUAUGUGGGACUGAUCAACGAAAACUGCGCCGUGGGCACGGAGCUAUCGAUGAACCAUGCAAUCCUCAUCCAGGAUGGCGACGAGGGCGUCAAUGCGGAGUUUAGAGUGCAGCUGCAGGGAGAUUACAGCGAGGAGUUCAGCAUCGAGUAUGUGAAUGUUAGCUCGGCUCUGGCAGGCAAUUCCAGCCAUCACAAAAUGUCAUCCACAACGGGCGCUUUCAACAUCUUUAACCUCACGGAUCAGUGGAACGACGAGUUCAAGUACCAGGAACUGCACACCACCUUUAUGCAGACGAACUUCAAGCUCAGCUCGGGACCUUAUUUCCGGAUUACCUACACGGGAAAGCGAGGUUUGGAUAGGGAGAAGCAGCAACUAUACAAUCUGAAGAUCAUAGCCGCCGAUAGCGGAGGCCUCUCGGGAUAUGCCCACCUUACUAUCCUAGUGGCAGAUGUCAACGACAAUCCACCGAUGUUUGAGCGCAUCUCGGUGUUCAAGGACUCGCGUUUGGAAAUCCGCGAAUACACCACCGAUAUGGAGAUCUACUUUGUGGAGAGUUCCAGUGGCCUGGCAGCUCCAGUGGCCACGGCUGCCAUGAUGUUGGCACCGCCUCCGUAUCACAUUCCCGGAUCGCCAAGACUGCAUCCGGAGCAUAGAGAGCGCUCUGUGGGAGGCAGUGUGGCUCUGGGCGUGGUGGCCAGGGCUAAGUCACGGCGCCGAAUGGUCCGUGCGACGACUGUUAAAUGCCCUUUGUUUGCCAUCUACGAGGACACCCCGGUGGGGACUAAGCUGCUUCAGCUGAGUGCCAGCGAUGAGGACUUUGGCAAGAAUGCCCAGCUGCACUACGAGGUGCGGGGCGAGCAGGUGGAAAGGACUCCGGGAAUGCCACUGCUGCGGGUUCAGGGAGUGCGGUACUUUGCCGUCGAUAAGCUCACCGGUGAGGUCUCGGUCAACUAUCCGCUUGCGGCAAACAUAGAAAUAUGGCUGAACUUGACAGUGACCGAUAUUGAUGGUCUCAAGGACUCAACCUGCCUGCGAUUCACAGUAAUGGAUGUGAAUAAUCAUGCGCCGACAUUCAAGAAGUCCUGGUACAGUUUCGAUACCCCGGAGGGGGAGUACAAGGACAGCGUUCUGGGUCAGCUGAUGGCCAUCGACAUGGACUUUGGCGAGAAUGCAAAUAUUACGUAUACGCUCAGUGACCUGCAGCUGCCGUUUAGCAUAAAACCUGCUUCCGGAGUGCUGAAAAUCAGCGGACAGCUGGACAGGGAGUUAAAGGACAAGUUUAGCUUCCAGGUGAUAGCCAGGGAUAAUGCUCCGCUGAUGCAGCGGAUGUCCAGUAGUGUGGACGUGGAAGUGAAUGUCCUGGACAUCAACGACAAUCGUCCCGAGUUCAUUGGCUACGACGAUCAGACCAAGGCCGUGAAGUAUAUACCUAAUGUGGCGGAUAGAACGAUGAUGUUGCCGGUGUACAAGGCAUAUCUGGACAGAGGUACCCAGCCGGGCACUUUUGUGAGACAACUCACCGCCAUAGACAAGGAUAAUGUGGGCAAUGGCAAUGGCCUCGUCCUGUACUCCAUCCGACACCAGGAAAUGCAAGCUCCCCUCUUCCAGAUCGACUCCAGAGAUGGCACCAUCUCCACGGUGUCCCGGAUCAAUGGCUACAAUGACUAUGAGCACCUGAAUGUCUCGGUUAUAGCCUCGGAUGUGGGGAGUCCGGCUUUAUCGGCCACAGCUGUGGUGAUCGUAAACCUGCAGGGUCAGGCAGUCACGGAUCCGCCCAAGCCUACUCCGAAACCCGAGCCACCGGCAAACGUGACCAUCUUCCAGCAUGCCUACUAUGAGGUCAAGCUCGUGGAGAAUAAUGAAGCCCCCAUCGAGGUAAUGCGACUGAACCUCACAACCGGCCUUAAUCCCGAGAACUAUCGCUGGUCCCUGUGGCUGGAAGAGGGUCUGGAUGAAACGGAUGCCCAUCCACCCUUCGAGUACGAUGCCAAGAACAUGCUGUUGUAUGCUCUAAAGCCCUUCGAUAGGGAACACAUUGCCCGCUACCAACUCAGGAUUCGAGCAGAUCGAUUAAGUCGAGAGGCUAGGAACUUCGCCAGGGUCUCCUAUCCUGUGGUGGACGAGCGGAUCGAGGGUCUUUCGCCCAACGAGUGUCGGAUUCUGGUUCACAUAACGGAUGAGAACGAUAAUGCGCCCAAGUUCCGGGGAAACGGACAACCCAUUGUAGCCGUUCUGCCGCAAAGUGCCAGCUUUGGAUACCCGGUGACCCGGGUGGUGGCCACCGACUUGGACGAGGGUCUCAAUGCCGAGAUCCGCUACCGUCUGCUCAACGAGCCCACUCGCCUCUUCGGCAUCGACGAACUGUCGGGCAAUAUUAGACUCCUGGGUGAUUUGCCUCGCGACGAACGCAUCUACGGCUUCGAUGUAAAAGCCACAGAUCGCAGCGGCGCAGACGAUGGACGCAGUGGCAUUGUCAAUGUAUUUGUGUACAUCAUUGACGAGUCCAAACAGGUGCGCCUGGUGGUGGCCGGAGUUCCCGUGGAGGUGGAACGCCGCAUAGACGGCCUAAUGGAGGCUCUCAGCGAUGCCAUUGGAAAGGAUGUGCGAGUGAGAUUGCUGGAGCCGUAUUCCGGAGGACUAGAGGCAGCCACCAAUGCCUAUAUCUAUGCCGUCGAUCCGCACACGAAUUCCAUUAUGGAAAUGGAGCAACUUCAGGACUCCCUGGCGGGCCUCCAACUGGACGCACUGCAGUUGCAGCAGCAGAAACUGGACGGCUCUAAGCCGAUGCCCCGAAUUAUUGAGCUGGCCGAGUUUGGACAGUCACCGAGACCCACGCACGCCUCCGCAGCUAGCUUCAUGGGAGGACUGGAGUUUGUGACGGUGGUUCUCCUGGCCCUGGUCACCCUGGGGGCACUGAUAGCCGCCUGCUGUUACCUGUGUCUGCGCCAGAAACGACGCCUUUGGUCGCAACGAGAUUUCUCAGCCUCGGAUGCCGGUCUCACCUAUACCAUCGCCGACAUCGGGUCCGGUCGCGGCCAGAAGCAACGCCGCCAGCGGCAGCAGCGGCACACACAGCGUUGCAGCAAAGGCAGCAGUACUGGAAGCCAGCGACCCACUAGCGCCUUCAUGCCAGAGUCCGUGUGCUCUUCCGCGCAGACGCAGUCGACGGCCACCGCCACCGAGAAGCUGGAGCAGCAGUUGCAUCAUCAUCACCAGCAGCAGGCCUUGGCCACGCAACAGCAGCACCACCAGUACCUGAACGAGCAACAGCGUCAGCAGCAGCAGCAGCGGGAAUACAUCGAUGUGCCACUGCCCAAGUCCAUUGCCAAGGCUGCUGCGGCAGCAGUAGCAGCAGCCGGGGGAGCAGGCGGAGCCGGUGAUGGCACUGUGGGCGUCGGUGGCACCCCAUUUGUGCUCAAGUACAACGCCUGUCAGCCGGUGACCAAUUUAAAUAAUUACGAAACCUCGUUGUUUUCGCUGCACUCAACGGGCCAGGACUCUGGGGUGGAGUUCCUGAGCAGUCGCGAGCUGUACGAAACCUCGCCAGACUCCUUCCAACACAGUGGCUCAAAGCGUAGCAAAAAUCCGGAGGUACUCUGUCCCAGGCAUGCCAAGGCUCACUUGGAGCUGCGCCAACAUCCGCCCAACACAGACAGCAGUGACACCUACGAGGACUCGCUGAAGACCGAUGAGCCCUUGGUGGCCCACAAUUGUCGCGAGCACCGACAGCAUCCGCAGAACCAUCAUCCGCAUUACCAGAACACGCGCUUCGAAAAGCGCUCCUGCGUGCGGCACUCAUUCUCCGGGGUGAAGGACGACCUCAUGCAGCACUCGCCACAGAUAUCGCUGCGCCCGCGGGGCCAUGCCCUGCGCAACUCCAUGAACGACCUGGAACAGCGGCUCCACAACCUGGAGCAGUCUUUUCGCCGGCCGCUUGAAUUUAGCAAAUCGAACUCGUUGUUUUAGUAUUUAGUACAUACAAUGGGCAAAACAGAAAC